GUGAGGAGAAUCAUGGACGUAAACUAAAUAGAAAGUUACCAUGAUAAAAGUUAGGCAUUUCUUUCAAAUUACAGCAACAACACCCGUUUCCCUUGUAAAUCAACAACCUUCCCCCCCCAGGGUCUGAGGUUUGCUUAAGUUUACAAGGCAUCGCUCUUUCAACACUUAACUACAGUUACACUCUGACAGAAAGAAUGCGCGAGUCAGUUAGCAUUAGCCGGCUAGCAGCGUGCUGACAGCAGCGACAGGAGGCGAACAAAAGAUUGCUCUGCAUUUGUCCGCUUGCACUGACAUUCGGUCCAUGUAGGAGGGGCGAUUAUCAACACAAUGCCCGUGUUACUUUUCCUGAUAGACACGUCCGCCUCCAUGAACCAGCGCUCCCAUCUGGGCACUAGCUAUCUGGACAUAGCGAAGGGCGCAGUUGAGACUUUCCUGAAGCUGAGGAGCAGAGAUCCGGCCAGCAGGGGAGACCGAUACAUGUUAGUGAGUUUCGAGGAAGCACUGGCUGGAAUUAAGGCAGGAUGGAAGGACAGUCAUGCCACUUUAAUGACUGAGCUGAGGAACCUGCAAGCAGUUGGACUGACAUCGUUCGGCCAGUCUUUAAGGACCGCUUUUGAUUUGCUCAAUCUCAAUAGAUUAAUUUCGGGGAUAGACAACUAUGGACAGGGUAGGAACCCUUUUUUCUUGGAGCCUGCUAUCAUUGUGGCCAUAACUGAUGGCAGCAAGCUGACCGGCAGUUCUGGUGUGCAAGACGAGUUACAUUUGCCCCUGACAACACCGUUGCCCGGCAGUGAGCUGACCAAAGAGCCCUUCCGAUGGGACCAGCGACUCUUCUCUUUAGUACUCCGCAUUCCAGGCCACACCUCUCCUGACCCUGAACCAAUGGGUGGAGUUCCACUUGAUCCAUCCCCUAUUACGCCCAUGUGUGAGGUCACUGGGGGCCGCUCAUACAGCGUAUUUUCCCAGAGAAUGCUGAUCCAGUGUCUGGAGUCUCUGGUGCAAAAAAUCCAGAGUGGUGUGGUCAUUAAUUUUGAGAAGACUGGACCUGAUCCUCCACCUGCUGAAGAUGGCCCAAUAGAAAUGAAGUAUGGACCUCAAUCAUGGCACAGCUGUCAUAAGAUGAUCUAUGUCAGACCUAACCCUAAAACUGGUGUUCCAGUUGGUCAUUGGCCUAUCCCGGAGUCCUUUUGGCCUGACCAGAACUCUCCUACUUUGCCUCCACGUGCAGCUCACCCGCAGGUGAAGUUUUCAUGUGUUGAUUCAGAGCCCAUGGUGGUGGAUAAAGUGCCCUUUGACAAGUACGAGCUAGAGCCUUCUCCGCUCACUCAGUACAUACUGGAGAGGAAAUCACCGCACACCUGCUGGCAGGUUUUUGUGUGUAACAGUGCUAAAUAUGGAGAACUCGGGCAGCCGUUUGGUUAUCUGAAGGCCAGCACAGCUCUUAACUGUGUCAACCUGUUUGUCAUGCCCUAUAACUACCCUGUGGUGCUGCCUUUGCUUGAUGACUUGAUUACUGUGCAUAAGUUCAAGCCUCCAGCGAAGUGGCGACAAUCUUUUGAAAACUAUCUUAAAACAGUCCCGCCCUACUAUAUCAGUGCCCUGCGGAAAGCACUAAGAAUGAUGGGAGCUCCAAAUCUGUUGGCUGACAACAUGGAGUAUGGUCUAAGCUAUAGUGUUGUGUCUCAUCUCAAAAAGCUGAGUCAGCAGGCAAAGAUAGAGGCAGACAGAGUUUGUGCAUUAGUAGGAAAAAAAGCGGCACUAGAAGGCGGGAUUAAACUUCGCUGCAGAAGCUCCGCCCUCUCUCUGGCUCACAGGAAAGAUUUUACGCAGCUACUGCACAGUAUCAUGGGAGAUGGGCCAGCUCUGCCAAUUGAGGCAAACACCAAGGAGUUUGUUGGCUUUCAACUAGCUGCUCUGAAUAAAGCAUUAAAACCACAAGGACUGCGGAACCCCUAUGAUAUCCCCAGAUCUCAUCUGCUAGACCAGCUGAGCCGCAUGAGGCGGAACCUUCUGCACGCCAGCAUCUGCAUUCUGAAAGGACAAGAUCAAGAUCAGCUGCACAGUGUUCCUAUAGCUCAGAUGGGCAACUAUCAGGACUACUUGAAGCAUUGCCCAUCCCCUCUAAGAGAAGCAGACCCCGAUCAGCCUAAACGUUUGCACACCUUUGGUAACCCCUUCAAAUUGGACAAGAAGGCGAUGAUGGUAGAUGAGGCAGAUGAAUUUGUUACUGGCACUCAAAGCAAAGGCAAACGUCCUGGAGAAUCCAGUAGUCCUGCUGGAGGAGGGGCCCCCAAACGCAGGCGCUGUAUGUCUCCGCUGCUUCGGCUGGGACGGGCAUAUACACCUCCCAAAACACCCCCCAGAACUCCAGAUAGUGAUCACACAGAAUUGGGCAAUCACAUCACCAACCAUGUCGAGUCAAACCGCAACUCCGACAUGGAGCUGAGUCCUGUGCCCGAGUCUGAACCGAUCCAGCAGAGGAACCACCUUCAGCUGGAUGAGGGUGAGAACCAGCAGGACAGAGUGCAGGAGAACGGCCAGUCCAGCGAUAGUGAGUUUUCUCUGGGCAACGAGGGUGAAGAGGAGGCCCCACGCCGCUACCCUUCCCCCUGCCAGCUGAAGAAGAUCAGAAACCAAGAGAGCCAGGAACUGAACUCUGAACUCCGAGUGCUCAUCACCAAGGAGAUCAGGAAACCUGGCAGAUGUUAUGAGAAAAUCUUCUACCUCCUUAAGCAAAUCCAGGGCAGUUUGGAAACACGUCUGAUCUUCCUGCAGAGCAUAAUCAAAGAGGCUGCCAGGUUUAAGAAGAGGGUCUUGAUUGAGCAGCUGGAGAACUUCUUAGAGGAGAUUCACUUAAGAGCCAACAGCAUGAAUCAUCUGGACGGUUUUUGAGCACUCCAUCUGUCCUACUUGAAGGACUCGCGCGUUUAUCUGCACUAUUUAUGUAAUGUAAUUUGGGACUUGUGUGUCUCCAGUCUUUAUCAGUAUUGAAGCUGAUUUUAUCAAUCAGGACUUGAUGGGAUGUUGCUAAACCUCAGGACUGCGUGAAAUGGGAGAAGUUGCUCCUUCUAUAACAAAUGGUCAUAAGCAUGCACUGCUCUUUCUUUUUCUUUUCUUUUCUUAUCUUUUUUCCCAUCUAAUUGUGCCAAAGAGAAGUGGUUGAAAGGCAUUGGCAUCCUCCUUGCUCAUUUUGCGUUUUUGUAUUCUCCCCAUAGUCCUGUGACAUUUUCACACGUGGAAUUGAUCACUUCUAUAAAUAUGUUUUCCUUUAAUUUCAGUCGGGAAUUGUGCCUCAGCGAACUCACUGCAGCAUUCAGUCUGAGCCAAGACAGACGAUUUACUGGAAAUCACUUUUGUUAGGUUGGAUCUCUCUAAUAAAGCAAUUAAAUCAGCAAUAUUCUACACCAAUUAAAAGGCGAGUUACCAAGCCAUUCUUUAAUGUUGGAGGUUUGAGUGACUUUGAGGUUUUAUAAUUAAAGUAGACUUGCACACUCAAAGUCAUUUGUUGUUUGUAAAAUAACUCAUCUCAGGAAUGAUGUUGCAAAUGAUGUGGCAUUUGGCAGCAGAGGAACAUCUUUCUGGAAUUUUGUUUUCCCAAUAUUCUUAAAAAGCUCUUUCUCCUUUCACAAAAGCAUAGCUUUUUUUUUUUUUUUUAAUUUAUAAAAACAAAUUUGCCACCACCCAUCAUUAACCAUAGAUUCAAGCAACUGUUUUGCAAUUAGCAAAAGACGUUCUGUACCAUGUCAUGUGGUUUUCAGACCACAUAACCAUGACAAACUUGUGAAAAAGGACUGUAUCGCAUCUCUGAACUAUUCUUUAUCUCUUGACUAAAAAUUGCAAAUGACAGUUUUGCAGAGUUCUGAAUUUGAUUUACUGAAGCAACAACCAGAUGUAAUAAAACCAUAGUAAUGAAACACCAGAAUGAUGUAACGUUAAUAUUUAAUCAUUCAGGAUUGAGUUAAGAGCCACUUAUUCAUUGACAUGGGAUGUUGCUGCUAAUGUAUUCCUUCAUUACUGCCAUUCAGUAUCCCUUAGCUGUUUUUUUUGUUUUUGUUUUUUUUAUCUGUCUUUGUGUAUCUCACCCUCUUAACCCUGCACCAGGGACCAAAUCUGUUCCAUAAAUGUUAUUGAUAAAGAUGAAAGGCUUCUUUAAAAAGUAUUUUUAUUAUGCUGUAUAUAUGUACAUGGUGACAUUGAAAAUAUUAUUUAAAAGAAUGUUUUGGUGGAAAGCCUAUUUUGUAUGUAUUUGAAUAAAGUCUAUUUUACACUGUUAAUAGUCAUGUAAAUAAAUGACAUUUUUCUGUAAUUAAUUUCUCAGUGGCACAAUGUCAUUAAAAGGAUUGCAAAUCUUCCCAUGUUCAUUGCGUUUUCCAUUCAC